AGGUCUGAUGCUGUAUUACAGCGUGGAUGUAUCGACAGAAGAACCACUUAUAAAAGUAGUGAGUCCAGUGUUUGAGCCCAAUACUUUGCCAACGUGUGCUAUUCAGUUUGCCCUGCAUAUGUACCAAAUGGAUCCGGCCAGCUUCAAAAUGGUCAUAAAAACGAACAGUACAACAUGGGAAAGUGCUUCAUUCAAAGGAAACAGUGCUCAUAAGUGGGAAAACGUGUCUCAACCGAUUGGAAGGCUUACCCAGCCUUUCCGAGUCGUACUGGAGAUUCUCAAUCCUGAUCCUGUCAUACCAUCCCACGUAGCCAUCGACAAUAUCCGGCCUUUUGACUGUUAUGACAAGAGAUCAGUAUCAACAGACUGUGGUCCACGCCAAUUCCAGUGUUAUGAUCUGAUUUGCAUAGAUGCUUCUCAAGUGUGUGAUACGGUUAGUGAUUGUAUAGAUGGUGAAGAUGAAGAUCAAGGAUGUGAUAAAAUUCCGAAGAGUGGAUAUUGUACUUUUGAAAAUGAUAUGUGUGGGUGGACUACUACUUAUACAGAAAACAGUGAAUGGAUUAGAAGAAAAGGUGAAUCACCCAGUGACAGAACAGGACCCUCUUUUGAUCAUACGUUUCAAAAUUCAACAGGCACAUAUCUUGUUAGCAAAUUUCCGGCAGGAAAAACUGAAUUUGGUGCUCAAACAACACUUCAAAGUCCAUGGUUUUCGCCACCACCAUACUAUCAUCGAAAUGUACAUUCUCAAUUCUACAACAGUUGUCAAGUUCGAUUUUUCUUUCACAAAUUUGGCAACAACAUUGGACAACUGAGAGUUUUUGCCGAAGAAGCUUACCCCAGCAAAACAGCGACAAGGAGUACUGAAAUACUUAGAAGUUACGGCAACAAAGGGAACCUUUGGAAAAAGGCCAAUGUUUUUUUACCCAACAUAUCGAACGAAUUUCAACUACAAUUUGUUGCAAGUCGUGGCAUAGGAAAUGGUGAUAUAGCCAUUGAUGAUAUUACACUGAGUCCUGAAUGCUUUGGAAUCGGAGUUCCAGAAAAUGAAUCCAUCGUCCCAUCCACUACGAUGGAAAGUUCUACAAAAGAAGCUUUCUACGUCAGAAAAUAUAUGUUGAACACUUGUGGAGCACAGGGACGAUUAGGACCAAAUGAAACACUCUGCUUGAACGCCUAUCACAGAUCAACGACAAAAGUAACAGUGAUGUCAGAAACAACGCUGGACGGUAUUCAGAAAUGGAUUGUGCCUGAAAGUGGAAUAUAUACGCUGUUUGUCAGAGGGGCAGGUGGAGGUCAAGGCAUUGCCAACUCAGGUAAGAGCCUAGGCGCUUCGUUAAGAGCUGGAUUUGAUUGGGAGAAAGGAGAUCUCAUCUACUUUCUUGUAGGCCAAAAAGGAAUCGAUGCUUGUGGAAAUGUUCGAGGAGGUUGUGACACAAGGUUAAUGAGGAGAAGUAUUUCUAAACUGAGGGACAUGAACAAUAAGAGAAGAGAGGGAGGUGGGGGUGGUGGAGGUGGCGCCACUUACAUUUUUAAGAUUGACGAUAUGACAAAUCAGAGAAUUCCAUUGGCCAUUGCUGCAGGGGGUGGAGGCUUGUCUUCUAAAUUACCAAUGGAUGAUAAUACUGCAAAUAUCUCACCACAUGGUCUGAUGCCCAAUAGUUCUAUUUUACCCAUCAACGGCUAUACUGGAUCAGGAGCGGGUGGUGGUGGAGGUUGGGAUGACAAUACCGGUCAUCCAACCAGUGGUGAAUCUUUGAGAGAAGGUGGCCGUGGUGGUAUGGUCUGCAUGGUUGCCAGUGCAUGGGGGACGGAUGGUGGAUUUGGUGGUGGUGGAGGCGGCUGCACAUCUGGAGGAGGUGGAGGAGGACACAGAGGAGGUGAUGCAGCCGAGAUAGAGAGUCCAUACUACAACGGUCAAGGUGGAACAUCAUAUAUAAUGCCAAAUGCGAUUCGGACAUUAGUGGAACCCGGUUCAAAUUCUGGUGAUGGCUCUGUUGUGAUAGUGCCAGCUCAAGCAUGUCCUGGCUGUCAAUAUCUUUGCGUGUUUCUCGAUGUGGAAAACAUGUCUUACUACUGCAUAUGUCCAGCUCAUCUGACCAUCAGUAUCGAUGGCGUCUCCUGCAACGGCCCGAAUGGCAUGAGUGUUUCACCCAAAAUGCUGGUUGGAAUCAUACUAGGAGUGGUUAUAUUUCUGUCAGUUCUCAUCAUCGGCAUUUUCUUUGCAACUACCAAAUAUAGGAAAAUGCAGCGAUCGAGAGAUGUCAGCAAUCAGCCACUGAACAGUCCUGAUGAACAGUUGAAUCGUUUAAGAAAUAUCGGAGGCAUGGUAUCCGAGAACAACCCUAACUACGAAUUCGGAGGAAACACUUUUACUGAACAGGAUUUGAAGAAGGUGCCACGAGAAAACUUAAAUCUAUUUAAUGCUCUAGGAAAUGGUGCAUUUGGCGAAGUGUAUCAAGGUACACUUCGAAAUCCUGUCGACAAUAUAGAAAUGCCAGUCGCUGUUAAGACUCUCCCAGAACUAUCUUCAAACCAAUCGGUAUUCGAUUUCCUAAUGGAAGCUUUGAUCAUGAGCAAGUUUAGUCAUCCUAACAUUGUCAGCUUUAUCGGUGUCUGUUUCGACAAAAUGCCGCGCUAUAUCGUCUUGGAACUUCUUCCUGGUGGAGACCUCAAAUCAUUCCUCAGGGAGUGUCGUCCAAGGCCAAAUAAACAGUCAACACUGACCAUCAGUGAUUUACUGAAGAUGGCUUUAGAUGUUGCCACUGGUUGCCAAUACUUAGAAGAAAACCAUUUUAUCCACAGAGACAUUGCUGCGAGAAACUGUCUUCUAACGACAAAAGACGCGAACAGAGUGGUUAAAAUCGCUGAUUUCGGUAUGGCACGAGACAUCUAUAGAGCUGAUUACUACAGGAAAGGCGGAAAAGCCGUUCUACCUGUAAAAUGGAUGCCACCUGAAGCAUUUUUAGAUGGAGUAUUCACAUCGAAGACCGAUGUAUGGUCUUUUGGAGUACUCCUUUGGGAAGUUAUAUCCUUAGGAUACAUGCCAUAUCCUGGAAGAGGAAAUCAAGAAGUCAUGCAGCUAGUGACUUCUGGCGGCCGUUUAGAGCCUCCCACUAACUGCCCUGCACCAAUAUAUCACAUAAUGAUGCAGUGUUGGCACCCACAUCCUGAUCAGCGACCAAAUUUCUCAACCAUUAUUGAAAGGCUCGGAUAUUGUUUGCAGGAUCCUGACGUCAUCAACGCGGUUUUACCCAUCUUCAAGCGGGCACCAUCUAUGGAGAGAGAUACGACAGUUAUGCGUCCCGUGGAAGAUGGAAACGACAGCUGUUUGCACGUGCAGGCUCCACGACCAGAUCCAGGCCUACUUUUAUCACCGGGAUCAGAAGAUUACUUGAUACCGACUCCACGAUCUUCAUACAGUUUGAACACAGAAGGUAUGUCUAGUCCUAGUCGCACUUCGGCCGAUCAACUACUGGAGCUGGAGCAACGGGGACAAACUCCUUCCUCCCCGAGGCCAGCUGUUUGGGAGACAAACUUUAUGACUCCAGAAACACCCACUGAACCAAAGUGGAUGUCCCCGACAGAAGAUCAGAAUGACCUUGGCGUGAGUCACUCUCCCAUGAGAAGACAAGGAGGAUACUCACAAGAAAAUCAGGUUAACAUUGCUCCCAACGAAGACCGUAAAGGUGAUCGUGUUGAUGCCAAUAGAAAAUAUCAGCCCAACGGAUCUAUUAGUGGUAGUGGAUCACAUAAACCAUCAGUUCGAACGGAAAGUAUAAGGUCGAUCGAUGAUCUCCCUUUGGCUCCAAGUAUUGGCGAGAAUGUUAACAAAAUGAAAGCCAACACCAAGCAAAAGUCAAAUCUAUCUCUGGAUCCAAGUGAGUUGGUCAGGCAGAUGGCUGGGGAAUCGAACAGCCGAACAUCUGGACGUUACCUUGGCAACAUGGCUGAUCAAGUCUGCGUUGAUGUCAACUGCAACACGGGCAGCAAUUCUUCGCUCUCUAGAACCGGUUUAGCAAACCAAAACCGAGUUUCUGGGCCAUUUGACGGCUUCUCCGGUGUCAACCCGGUAGCCUGAUGUAGGAGGUACACGUUCUAAAGGAAGCAGCUUUCUUUUGAACGAAAUACAAUUGACAUUUUUAACAAAAGGUGCAAAUUCAAUGUCGAGAUUUAAUUUUUUUUUCUUCUUCAAAGCCAAAAUAAUUCUUUCUUGAAGAUUGUCUUCAGAAUACCUUCAGGAUGGAAAGAUUCUGUCUUCAUGAGACUUAACUAGUUGCCAGAUGCUGAUAAUGAAAUCUAUUCUCUUAAAAAGACUUUUAAAAUAAAAAUGUAACGGACGUUAAACACAUGAAGUAAUAGUGAGACAUUUUUAAACGCUUUCAUAUGCCACAGAAAGUUUUAUGAAGAGUUUAGAUUGUAAAAAAAAAAAGAAAUGUCUUCUUGAUACUUGAAAGACAUACAUAUGAUUUUACGAACUCAAACUGUGCUGUAAGAGUAUGUAUUAUUUUAGAAAAAUCGAAAAAUAUAUUCUUGGCGAAGA